CAAAUGAUACUGUACAUAUGUAGUAAUCUGAUUUACAGCAUAUGUAGUAAUCUGAUUUACAGUUGGUGCUACAGCAUUUAAGAAUUUUUUUUAUCAAUAAAGGCAGAGUCAAGUCUAUAUAUUCAUUUUGAAAAGAUUCAGCAUUUAAGAAUAUUAAACUGAUAAUAUUGUGAAUUUCAGAAGUAAUGCAUCUGAGUGGUGGGUCAGGUCAUCCCUUUUUUGGUUGUACCAGUAUUGCAGCAAUUUUAAUGGUUGAGGCUCUCUGAAGUUGGAGGUCAAAUAAUUGAGAGCAAGUUGUCAAUACACAUGGAGAAGAAAGAAUUUUUUAUACUGAGGUCGAAUAAUUGCAUAUGAAUAUAGACCUCUAUAUAGCCUCAUGCUAAAUUUGUGAAAGCAUGGCAGAGUGUGUCAGUCCAAGCAAGUGAAACAGGGUCACAUCCUCUGUUUUUUAAAUGUUUCUAUCCAGUUUGCUUAUUCUCUGCAGAGCCGUAGGCAAGUAAAACAUUUGUUUCUCUUAGAGACAUUAUCCACCUUCUUAACAGAUUCAAUCCAAAAUUUGCAGGUUAACAAUUGACAGGACAUUGGGUUUGAUAUUACUUUUCAGAGCACUGAACUGGUUUGAUCCAGGGGUUCUUCACCUUUUGGCAGUUUGAAUACAAUCCCACUUUGACUGCAGUCUUCUACAAUGGUUUCUCUCUUCAGAACUCAGCUUAUUGCUUCAAAUCAAGAGCUCUGUUAUUUCCUGCACAUUUUUUGAGUUAAUGGUUUGUUCAAGUUUUGUAAAUUCAAACCUUUCACAGGGAAGGCUCUUCAUAAGAAACUAUGUCAAAUUAAUGCUCUAUAUAAUUUAUGAAUUACCAAUUGACUUCAGAACCUUUGGUUUAUUUAAAUGAUUCGAGCCACAAUCUAUUGCAGAACUACCCAUGAAGGCUGCAGCUUUACAUAUUUAUUUGAAUUAGCCUAUUAGUACUUUAAAAAAGUUUAAGAGGCAAGUUCCUGAAUCCACCAACAAACCUACAGGUUAUGGUCUCAUACUUUUCGUAGUUAAAUCUAAUAUUGCAGGAGAUCACAAAAUAUCCUUUUUAACAAAUAUAUUUGGUAAAUUGGCAAGGCAUUCAAUCAUUUUGGUUUUCUUUGUUCUUCAAUGCUAUUACAUGUCUUGAAUUCUCGGUUGCAGAUACUAUGCGUUUUCUUGUAGCAACUCUUGGGAUAUUAGCAGUAGCAAAAACAAUUCUGAAUGAGCUUUACAAAAUAUCAACGUCAUAAGAGGUCCAGGCAACAAGAUAAGUUGAUGCCAUGGAUAGAGCUGACAGAAGGUGGCCACGUCAAGAAGCUUGAGCGGUUCGGGGAAUAUGUAGGUUGCUACGAAUCUUCUAUGUCUGCCAUAUCUAUUUCUGACAAUUUAUAGGAACAACACAUAUCUUGGAGAUCAAACAUGCAGCAACAGAGGUUUCCUCCAUUAGGAUAAUCAGCACCAGUUUUGGUAUCAGAGCAGUAUUCGUAAAAGUUAUUUUCGAAGGAGGAAACAACGUGUUGAACGGAUUAUGAAGAAUCUCAAGACAAAAAAUGUGUUUUCUACUCUAUUACAGCAGUUUAAAGCUAUCGGCCACUAUCCUAAUGUUCCUAGUGAGACAAGUGCAGUUGUGCCAAUGAAUGCCAAUGAUAGAAGCCCUGUGCUGCUUCUAAUUGGCGGUGGGAUGGGGGUUGAAAAGAGUACGGUGGUCAAAGAUAUACUAGAAAACUCUUUCUGGUCAAAUGCAUCAAAAAAUGCUUUGGUAGUGGCAGCAGAUGCUUUCAAAGAAACAGAUGUUAUAUACCAAGCCUUGCAUUCUAGUGGGCGUCAUGAUUUGCUGGAAAUAUCAGAACUGGUGCAUCAAACAUCAAUCAAUGCAGCAGAGUCUCUCCUUGUCACCGCCUUGAAUGAGGGUCGUGAUGUAAUAUUUGAUGGCACCAUGUCCUGGGAACCAUUUGUUCUACAGACAAUUGCCAUGGCUCGAGAUGUCCAUCAUAGACAAUAUAGGAGGGGUCCAGGCUAUCAAAGAGCAGAGGAUGGUUCUGUACAAGAAAAAUACUGGGAACCAAUCGAGGAUACUGAUCCUCCCAAUGUUUUGAAAACCCAUGAAAGCAUAUUGAGUAAUGAGACCUCAGACAUGAAAUCAAUUAGGAAGCCACUUUCAAAUAUGAGGAAACCAUACAGAAUUGAGCUUGUUGGAGUCAUCUGUGAUGCACAUCUUGCAGUAGUUCGUGGAGUGAGGAGAGCCAUAAUGAAAAAAAGAGCUGUGAGGGUUAAAGAGCAAUUGAAAUCCAUCAAAAGAUUUGCUGCUGCUCUUCCUCAUUAUUGUGAAGUGGUUGAUCAAGUCAAAAUAUAUAGUACAAAUGAUAUUGGAGGCCCAACAAAGAUAAUAGGAUGGAAAGAGGGGAGUAGUAAAUUGCUUGUUGAUCCUGAAAAUAUCAAAGCUCUGACUAAGUUAGCCUCUUUGAAUGAGGAUGCAAGAUCUGUUUAUGAAUUGUACAGUUCCCUCAAUGACAGAACUGAGUUGGACAAUGUUAUGAAAGAUAAAGUAUUAUCUGGUGAAAGAGCCUUGCAUCAGAAGCAGUUGCUGAAUAAAAUUCAAUCUAUUGAAACUUAUUUGCUAAAUAGAAACUCAAUUAGCCUCACCUCCAGCCACUCUGCAUCCCCUAUCUCAAGCUCUGACUAUAUAUAAGGAGCUCCUCGAAAUACAAAUAAAAGAUUUUUGAUAUACAAGUUAUGCAUGUUUC